GCUACUGGAAAAGCCCUCCUUCAAGAGAAACCUAAAGGCUAAAACCCUCGACCAAGCAAAACAAGCCAACUCCUUAAAACCCAGAACAGCCAUGUCUGUAGCCGCUGCCAGGUCCGCCCUGCGGUCCACUGCCGUUACUAGAGCCGCCGUAUCCGGAAGAAUAACAGGUGGGCUCAAACCUAAUGCCAGACCCACUGCCUCUCCUUUUGGAAUCUUCAAACAGAAGCCUCUUUCUCAUCGCAUUUUCAGGUCCCCUGUGGAGAUGAGCUGCUGCGUCGAAACCAUGCUGCCGUUUCACACUGCCACUGCCUCUGCAUUGCUUACUUCGAUGCUCUCCAUUUCUCGUCGAAGCCACGGUUGGACCACUAAAGAUUGCAAUGAUGAUGUAUGAUGAAUGUCAGAGAGUUCGGGAGAAGUUUUGUACAUGCGCUUUAAGACAGGAUGGCGAAAUAACGCUUUGUAGUAGGAUUCUAGGGAUUCUUGGCCGUUAUUAAAGAUUAACAAGGUGCUGAAAGAAAAUUUUGUUAUUCAGGAACUUGGAGGAGCUUAGUUAUAAGUGGGUGUUUUUUAGUAUGGUUUUGAGUUAAAUAAGUUGUGUAUUAGAGUGGUGUUUAUAAUUAUGAUAAUGAUAUAUCCUCAACAAGUAUCUUUGCUUGAUAUUUUGCAUUUUUCUUCUUGUUUGAAGUAUGCAAUUUUAUAGCAAGAUUAUGCAUUGCCAUA